GGGAUGCUUAAAUCAAGUUUGAAUAGAGAACUUCUCAAUGAUUCCUCUGAUGAAGAGAGCUUCGAAGGGAUAAACCAGGCAGCCCCUCGCUUACAAUCUUUUGUGACACCUCUCGACUUUGAGAUCAACCAGAAGAACCUCAUGGCCGAUAAUAUUAGAGGUAGAGACAUCAGGAUUAAGAUACAAGAGUACCUUGAGACAGAAUCUCUGACUAAAGACCAGUUAAUCCUGCUUCUGAAGCAAGGGGCUGAAGACAACCAUUUGUUCAUGAUUAAGGAGGACACUUAUGCUAAACUUGUUGACUCUCUUGGGGUCACUCUUGAUGAGCCGAAAGACAACAAGCAUAAUUUGUCUCAAGGCAGGAGAGCUUCAAAAAUUGAAUUUAUUAAGAGUCUUCGCAAGUCUAUAAAUCUUGAAGAGAAUAAAGGUGAAGCUGAUUCAGAUUUUAUGAGCAUGAUGAAUACCAGAAAAGUUCUCAGAAAGAAGAGCAAGUAUGUUCACAGAGAAAAUAUGAAAGGCAAAUCAAAUAAAUCAAUAUUUAAAGACUCGAAGAAACCAUUGAAAAGCGUUUUAGAAAAAGUAGAAGAAGAAAUAGAUUACGAAGACUUUAUGACUAAGCACGAAGACUCUUCCAACCAAAGUGACCCAAAUCUGUUGGAACGAGUCCCCAAGAUCACCAACCAAGCCCUCAAAGACUGGCUCGUCACCGGAGUGAUCGGCUGCAUCUCAGCCUUGUGCUUCAUCGCCUUUGCUCUGUACACCCACCUCAAAGCGAAUCCUGUGGUGUUUGCAAUGCUUGGCAAUCAGCUGAUGGUCGCUAAAGGCUGCGCACUUGCGAUCAUAUUUCUGUGAGUGGCAGUCUUGCUUUUUGUGUCCUAUGACUUUCUGACAGCAAUCAGAGGGUGAUGUGGAGGCAAAUGACUGUCGCUUCUGGAUUCACAUUUGUUGUUUCAUAAGGUAUGAGGGUUUCUGUUGUUUAUUUACUCUACCAUUCAUACUAUUUGUCAUUGUGCUUGGUCAGUUCCUGCUUUAUCCAAAGACGAUAACUUCCCAGCCAUCAAAGCUAAUAUCAGCACUUUUGGAUUUGACCAUUCUCCGAGUGUCGCUGAAGUGGUAUUCCUAACGAUUCCCGGCUUAACAGGCAUUAUUCUACAGAUUGCAAUUACACUUAUGUUCUUUACUUCUCUGGAAUGUAUUCGCAGAAGACACUUCCAACUGUUUUCUUAUAUCCACAUGGUGUUCUUCCCUGUGUUUAUCUUCGGAACAAUUGCACAUGGAGCUGCUCGUUGGCUUAACUGGGGUAUCCCCACAGCUCUAGUACCUUUUAUUGUGCCAGUAUUAAUUUAUUUCUGGAUGAUUGGCAGAAGAGUCAUAGAUACAAUCAGAAGACCCUUCAAAGUUGCCAAAGUAUCCAUUGUCAAUAACAAAACCUUCAUCAACUUGAACUUAGAAGUCCCCAAAGGCUACAAGUGGAAGUCUGGUCAGUAUGCAUUUAUCAACAUUCCAGCCAUCAGCAAACUAGAGUGGCACCCCUUCUCGAUUUCAUCAUCUCCUAACGGAGAAUACCUCAGCUUCAUGAUCAAGAAAGCCGGAGACUGGACAACCAAACUCAUUGACAUGUUCGCAGCCAUCAAAGAACAAGGCUUUGCAGACAUCAUCAAUGAAGUGGGAGAGCACGAAUACAAGCGCGAGUUCAGAGACUACCUAAUGGAGAUCGACUUCGAAGACGAUGAGUCCAUCAGUCAGAACAAGAAGCUGUAUCCUCGAAUCAAUGUGAGCAGAGCUGUGUCAGCUCCUGCAGAGAUGGCUGCUAGGCGCAAACGCAUCAUACUCAUUGGCGCUGGCUCAGGCAUCGCUCCGUUCCUUGCCUUCUUGGAUGACCAGCAAAUAGCGGCCGAAGGAGGUAGGAAGACUGUGGGAGGAGGAGUAUCUAAGACAUACAAAGAAGAGUUUAGAAGCACUGAGAAAGCUCAUUUGAUAUUGACUAGUCGAGAUGCUGACCAAUUUUCGUGGCUGUCUCCAUACAUCGAUAGGAUUAUGAAUUCUCAGAGCUUUUCAGACAAAGUUCACCUCCACUUAUAUCUAACUUCAACCAAAUGUAAUUCUCUUCCAUCAUUCUUGUUUUGGAGAGCUUUCUUAAAACGUCAAGAAUUAAAGAGCAGAAACUUAAUCCACUCUGUUAACUCCAUUAUGGGAUCCAAUAUCACUUUGAAUGUGGAGAGACCUGAUUUUGAGAAGAUCAUUGAAGAGAUCAAUGUGACAGACCCUGGCGACUUCUUCUGCUAUGUUUGUGCAUCAGACAUAAUUGUCAAUCAGGCUAAGGUAGCUUGCAACCAAAUUAACAAGAGGGGAAAACACACCUAUGUUUUGAAAUAUGAACAUUUUUAG